AUGGCGCCGAGAAUAGGAGUCAGCUUCCUUGCCCUGAUCCUGGGUCUUGCGUGUGCCGUCCAGGGUGCCGCUAUCCACCGACGGGCCUCUCCGGGAUGCGGCAAGUCGCACGACUUUGUCGGCAAGACGCGCGAAUUCAGUUUCCAAAGCAGCGGCGGAAAACGCACAUAUCGGAUCCAUCUCCCCUCAAACUACGAAGCCGACAAGCCCAAGCCGCUCUUGAUUGCGUACCAUGGCGCCGGCAACAAACUCGAGGAUUUCGAGAACGAGACACGCUUUUCUGACGAAAGCGUUAACCCCGACAUGAUUGCCGUCUAUCCUGCUGGCGUCGAUAAACACUGGCAGGGCCCGAGCUAUGCUAAGAAGGGCGUGGACGACGAGGCCUUCACCACCGACUUGGUCAACCGCAUCAAGGGCGCCUACUGCGUCGACGAGGCGCGCGUCUACGCCACCGGCCACUCCAACGGCGCCGGGUUUGCCGGGACCCUGGCCUGCUCGUCCGAACACGGCGGGCAGUUCGCCGCAUUUGCCCCCGUUUCCGGAGCCUUUUACACAGAUGUCGUGGGCAACCGGAACUGCCACCCGUCCCGCUCGCCUCUGCCCAUGAUGGAGCUGCACGGGACGGCAGACCGCACGAUCCCGUACGAGGGGGGAGACGCCCGCGGCGGCCGCGUCCCUGCGAUCCCCGACUGGCUUUCCCGGUGGGCGAAACGGAAUCAAUGCUCGAGUUCCAGCACCAAGGAUCUCCCGGGCGGCGUGCACGACAUCAAGUGGAAAUGCGCGGGCGGCGAGGGCUUGGUGCGGCAUAUCAAGAUGGACGGCCAGAGCCACAAGUGGCCCGGCAAGGACUCUGCGUUUGAUGCAUCGCCAGCCGUCGUCGACUUCCUGUCGGCCUUCCGCAAGCCGUGA